AUGUCAACAAACACACCAGUCAAGCUGAAUAUCAGUGAUAUCCCAUCAACUUCACAUUGUCCUGUUCACUGGCAUGCAAGCCUUAAUAAUAUAUGUCAAUCUGGUGGUGGUUCAGACCUGUAUGAAAUAGUCAACACUAUCAGGUCAAUGACAAUCAAUGAUGACAAUCUUGAAGCAAACCUCAUCCUGGACCUCACAAGGGCAAGACGGAAUGUCUUCAAUGCAGAGAAAGCGCUUGCUGACUGCGUGGUCUGCAAACACGAAGUCAUGGUGAAUCUCUCCAAGCACAAAUCCAACAUUUUGAAGCAGAAGCUCGCCAAGCCAGAUGUAGGAAUAGGUCACAUGCGGAUAACAUUUCAAAAAUAUGGUCUCACUCACCACAGACCCACACCAAGUGUUUUGCAAGAUGUUGUUGCAUACAAUGAUCCUGCAGUUGUGUUUGAAUUCUGA